AUGUACACAAAUAUUCCUGUUCAAGGAGCUAUUCAGGCUCUGGACGAGCAUCCAGAGAUCACACAAGGAAUGUUAGAUUCUUUGUGCAAUCAAGAACUCCGCGAGCUUUCCAACCCCGGUGCCAGUGGAUCCAUAUUCUACAUCACUCAGGAUGAUGAAUUUAUCAUUAAAACUGUGCAACAUAAAGAAGCUGAUUUCCUUCAAAAGCUUCUGCCAGAAUAUUACAUGAAUCUUAUUCAGCAUCCGCGUACACUCCUACCCAAGUUUUAUGGUCUUUAUUGCUACCAGGCAUCUGGUAAAAACAUUCGUUUUGUCAUCAUGAACAACCUUCUUCCUUCUUCGAUUAAGAUGCACGAAAAAUAUGACCUCAAGGGAUCUUCUCACAAACGAAAAGCAAAUAUGAGGGAAUUGGCUAAGUCCUCACCUACAUUGAAAGAUUUGGAUUUCAAGUAA